AAAUAAGAGAGGUGGGCACUCUAUGACCAUACUCUUUUUGUAAAAAAUCCUCAGAAGAGAGACAGAGAGAUAGAGAUAGAGAGAGACAGAGGUGGGGGGCGGUGGAGAACAAGAGAGGAAAUAUCUUUGAAGAACAGAAUGUCUCAGUUUGCCCUUUAACGCCCUCCUCCCUGCUACGCGGAAAAGGGGAAGGAGGUGGAGGAUGCUACUGUGAGAAAAAAAAAAAAAAGACCCAGCCACAACAGAGCUUUGCCUGCCACCCAAGUCUAGCUGCCACUGAAGCAAGGCAGCUUGGACACAGUGACUACCAUCCAGGAAGAGCAACAAGGCACCAGCACCCAGCAGUCAGCUACCGGCGGGAAGACGCAGCUCCCUGGGCAGCAGCAAUGGCCUGGCCCCCUCCUGGCUGGCUCUGCAUGCUGGGGACCUUGCUGGGGCUCUCAGCUGCUCCGGCCCCCAAGAGCUGUCCAGAGAGGCACUACCGCUCUCCAGAGAGGCUGUGCUGCCAGAUGUGCAGGCCAGGAACGUUCCUGGUAAAGGACUGUGACCAGCACUCAACGGCUGCUCAGUGUGACCCGUGUAAACCAGGCCUUUCCUUCUCUCCUGACUACCACAGCAGGCGCCACUGCGAGAGCUGUCGCCACUGUCACUGGGGUAUCUCCACUCACAACUGCACCAUCACCACCAACACGCAGUGUGCCUGCCCCGUGGGCCGGCAAUGCAGGGAUGCGGCGUGCACCGAGUGUGACCCUCUUCCGGGCUGGACCAUCUCUCCCCUAGGCCCAUACCCUCUACCAAGCCACUCACCUUAUGCGGACAAGGUGCUGGAGGCCAGGACAGUCAGGGUUGUGCAGACUCCAGCUAGCUUCAGGCAGCUGCCAGCCCUAGCUCUCACCACCCUCAGGCCAUCCCAGGGGUCCCUGUGCAGCUCAGAUUGUGUCCGCCUCUUCGUGAUCGUCUCCGGAAUACUUUUGGUUUUCACCCUGGCCGGAGCUCUAUUCCUCUACCAACAGAGAAAAUGCCAAUCAAACAAAGGAGCAAACCCAGAGGAGUCUGCGGAGCCCUGUGCAUACAGCUACCCCCGGGAGGAGGAGGGCCACACCAUCCCCAUCCAGGAGGACCACCGGAAGCCCGAACUGCCUUCCUACCCCUGAAUAGCUGGGUGGGAGGGAAGGUGUCACCACAACAAGGCCCUGGCCUCUUCUCUGCCCCACUGGCCAUCCAAAGCGAGAUCAGGACCUAUUCCAGUCCGUCCUCUCCUCGAGACCCUUUGCUGUGCACACACUUGACAAAGUGCCUGCCCCAGACUGGCGUGACCUGGACAAGAGCACAGCAAGUCUGGCCCCUGAACUGCAGGACGGCCCAGGCUCUGGCAGUAAAAGCCCCAAAUGUUAUAUCCCUGUCUCAACAACAACAUGGGCAAAAUAAAAGUGACACCAUUGUUUCUCUGGUGUGAGAAACUGAAAGGGUAAA